AUGCUCCUCACGACUGAGGCCGUCCAAGUUACAAAGCCCAAGCUGGCACGGUUGAGCGAUGCGCACGCCGUCCACGACCCGCUCGUGACUUCGCUCGACCGCCCCGUUCCUGUGAGCAAGCUGAGGGAUUGCCACUUUCAGGAGCUGUCGGAGAAGGGGCUGUUGAGCGCCUCCGCCCCAUCGAAUCGCCGGCGUGCGGCGGCUCAGACAGUCUGGUGGAGUACGCUCGGCGAGCUCUGCUGCACGUGCGACCGGGGACGGCUGAUGGAGGACGCGCCGUGCGUGCACAAGUUGGCACUCGCGGCCCUUAGCGAAAGCUGGAGCUCGACGGCGGAGCUGCCUACCCAAGAGUUGCUCGGCAGAGGAGCGAGGGUGGAGCGGGUUUGCUCGGAUGAGACGGGAAGCUACUUUGCGUUGGCCGACAACCUCCAAGGACCUCCAAGCCCUCAGAGGCGCAUGGUCUUUCGCAGCAGCAAGGGGGCUUGGUAUUGCGAGGGUAAGCGCGACGGAUGCCCAAGCGUCACCGACUGCUCGCACGUCAUAGCGGCAAAGGCAGCUCUGAGGAAUGAGGGAGACCUUUCAGUUGCCGUUCAGAUGGUUCUGAGGCUCUCGGAGCCGCUGUCGGAGGCUGCGCUGGGCUGGCUCAAGCGGUGGAACGGGGAAUUGCCAAAGAUUGGGGUCCCCCCCGCCGUGGGCACCUCCUCGCAGGGGGGAGGCGAUGCAGGGCUGUCGGAGGAGGAGCGGUAUCUUGUUGGCUUGCUGGAGAGGCGGCCCCAUGAGCAAGCGACCUGCGCCGGCGACUCGUGCUUCUGUCGUCAGCACGAUCGCCUCUUUGGAGAGGCCGCCGUCGCACACACCUCCAAUGAUCGGGAGAGCAAUGGGGGGGGUCGUGGCAGGGAAGGGGGGGCGGCUGAGGAAGAGGCGCCCCCUUGCAAACGAGCGAGGCGGAACAAGGCUUUUUGGGAGGCACACAAGCAAGGCUCGCAAGGUUCGGCCACAAGAGUUACAAAGCCCAAGCUGGCUCGCCCAAGCGAUGCGCAUGCCGUUCACGACCCCCUAGUAACCUCGCUCAGAAGCCCCGUCCCCGUGAGCGAGCUUUGCAAGUGCCACUUUUGGGAGCUUUCAGAGAAAGGGCUACUUAGCGCGCCCUGCCCAUUGGACCCUCCCGCAUGCGGCGGCUCGUGGGUCGAGGCAUGGAUCGAGGCGGACGUGACGGCCUCCCAGUGGAGCCAGCGGGUGCGGGUGCGGAUCUACCACUGCCAGUGCCUUGACGAGGCGCACACCGUGCACUUUUGCGGCGAGCACCAAUGGCUAUUUACGUGGAACCGGCGGACCCUCUUCGUCCAGGAGAGCUUGCAGCUGCUCUUGCGGGGAAUGCAGCACGGGCACAGCUUCAAGGCGGAGCUGACAACGCAUCAAUCGGCCUUCCAGCGCUCCCCGGAUGCAAUCGUCUUGAGCGAGGAGACAUGGCGCCGGGCGAGCCUCGACUUCUUCAAGCUGGUUGGGCUGGGGUUUCGGGAUUGCUGCUCGUUGUGUGGGCCCCAUCCAAAAAUCCUCAUCUGCGACGGCAUCGUUGGCCUUGCCAGCGCUGACGGCGCGCAAAAGCCAGGCGGGCUUGGGAGCUCCUCGCCCGACGCGCGGCGCACGUUCUGCCACCCUAGCCGUACCUCCACGGGGGCGCUCCUCGAGAAGCGGCCAAUCUCCGGUCGCGACUAUUGCGGGUCCGGUCUUCAGGGGGGCGGGUUGAAGCGCAAGCUCUUGCUGCUACCUGAGUUGCGAGAAGCGCUCGCGCGCCUGUCUCAACAUCGGCCCAGGGACGAGAAACUUGGGAAAAGGCUGUCAAAGGUGGAGUAUGAAGCGCUCUUGAACGGGCUGGCUCACGAGGACCCCCAAAUCGUGAAGCGUUUUGGGCCGGAUGAGGCGGAGGGGCCGCUUCCCGAGGACGGCAGACGGCGCAUGCUCGUCGAGCAGCGCACGAUGGUACAAGACCGAAACCUGGCCGUCUUUGAGUUGCUGAC